CGCUGGGUCAUCUGCCGAUAUAAAUAUCAGCCAGGUUCCACCAUCCAGCGCACAUUGCUCCCAGCACUGUUACCUUUGCUUGCCUCACCAUCUCCAGCACCUUCUCCUGCAGAUCGCAUCGAUCCCGCAACUCCUUCCAAGUCGCUCUUCCUGCUCCCGCCACCAUGAUUUCCGACGACGCUGCCGCCCCUGCUCAGGUUGCUCUCGAGAGCUCUGCUGCUCCGGCCGCUCCUGCUCCUGCUCCUGUUCCUGCUCCUGCUCCUGCUCCUGUCGCGACGCUUCCCGAAUCUGUCCAUGAAGAGAUUGUCAAACCCAACCUCGAGCAGCAGCCCAAGCGAAUUAUUGCCAUCGCCAUCGACAACUCGAAUCACAGCGCAUAUGCCUUUGACUGGGCCCUUGAGAACGUCGUUGACGUUGCCCGUGACCAGGUUGUCCUUCUGAACGUCCGCCCCUUCCCCGGAGCCAGCCGCCCGACGGCAUUCUCGUACAUGGACUUUUCCGAUCGCAUUGACGAAAUCGAGGAGGCCAACAAGCUCGAGUCCCACUCGCUGCUGAAGCAGUUCGGUGGCCAACUCCUGAAGCGUAAUAUCUCCUGCCGCGCCAUCGCCUUGCGCGGCGAUCCGCGCGACGAAAUCAUCGUCAAGCUGGAGGAGAUCAAGGCCGACAUGAUCAUCAUGGGCUCGCGCGGCAUGGGUGCUUUGAAGAGGGCUUUCAUGGGUUCCGUCAGCGACCACCUCGUCCACCACGCACCCUGCGCCGUCGUCGUCACUCGCACACCUUGAACCGCACUCCUCUCUCCAUCGAGACUGGGUCUUGAUGAUUGAUCCAUCCGAUUGAUCCGUCCCAUCGGUCCAUCCGAUUGAUCCGUCCUAUUGAUCCAUCCGAUUGAUCCGUCCGAUUGAUCCAUCCCAUCGAUCCUGUCGACAGCUAUCAAGCAUUUUAUCGAUUCUAUCGACGGCUAUCGAGCAUUCUGUCCAUCUUUACUUUCUUGUCACCACCAACUUUACCCACUGAGUUGUAACUAGUUCUCCCUUCCUCCCUCCCUCCUCGUUUUCCAAACUUCUUUUUGGGUUUGCACUUGAUCCCGAAUGGACUCCUUCCUUAUUCCACUCCACCAAGCUAAUCGAGUUCAUGCACCACGUCCCCAGCUCCUUCUGCCAACACGAAACUGGAGCGUCAAUAUAUGAUAUGAUGCACAUAUUGCACC